GCGUGCUCAGCCUCUGCCUCGGCUGCCGCUGGCCCCGCACGCCUGGCCCUCGCUGUGCGCCCUGCGGACCCCUGCCCUCAUCGCAGCCACCUCCUCCUCUCCCUCGCACUUCUUGUGCUCUCUGCCGCCGGACUGUCCUCCGCCUGCACACCCGCGUGCUCCUUCCACUUCCCUCUCUCACCUACCUGCCUGGCUUCUGGUCCCUGCUGUCCCUUCUCUGUCUCGGCGCUCGUAGGGCUCCUCGCGACUCCGCGGGAGGACCGCGUCCCGGUAUCCUCAUCACGUUCUCUGCCGACGCCCUGAGCCCGGGCCAGGAAGGAUGUCUCCGGAGGUGAGGGUGCUGCCCUCCUUGCUGGGACUUGCGCUGCUCUGGUUCCCCCUGGACUCCCACGCUCGAGCCCGCCCAGACAUGUUCUGCCUUUUCCAUGGGAAGCGAUACUCCCCUGGAGAGAGCUGGCACCCCUACUUGCAGCCCCAAGGCCUGAUGUACUGCCUGCGCUGUACCUGUUCUGAGGGUCCUCAUGUGAACUGUUACCACCUCCGCUGCCCACCUGUCCACUGCUCCCAGACUGUGACAGAUCCACAGCAGUGUUGCCCUAGGUGUGUGGAACCCCAUACGCCCUCUGGGCUCCGUGCACCCCCGAAGUCCUGCCAGCACAACGGGACCACCUACCAACAUGGCGAGAUCUUCAGUGCCCAUGAGCUCUUCCCUGCCCGUCUGCCCAACCAGUGUGUGCUGUGCAGCUGUACCGAGGGCCAGAUCUACUGCGGCCUCACUACCUGCCCCGAACCAGGCUGCCCAGCUCCCCUCCCACUGCCUGACUCCUGCUGCCAGGCCUGCACAGAUGGGGUGAGAGAGCAGCCUGCUGAGGAGGACACUGAAGCACACAAUGGGGCGAGACAUUCUCAGGAUCCUUGUGUGGGGGACAGCAUGAGAAAGAGGGCUCUGGGCACUCCGGCCCCCACAGGCCUCAGCCCCCCUUUGGGCUUCAUCCCUCGCCACUUCCGGCCCAAAGGGACAGGCAGCACGACUGUCAAGAUCGUCCUGAAGGAGAAGCAUAAGAAAGCCUGCAUGCAUGGUGGGAAGACCUACUCCCACGGGGAGGUGUGGCAUCCAGCCUUCCGCUCCUUCGGCCCCCUGCCCUGCAUCCUAUGCAGUUGUCACGAUGGCCACCAGGACUGCCAGCGUGUGACUUGCCCCACCGAGUACCCCUGCCAUCAUCCUGAAAAAGUGGCGGGGAAGUGCUGCAAGGUCUGCCCAGAGGACAAGGCAGACACUGGCCACAGCGAGGUCAGUUUCAGCAGGUGUCCCAAGAUGCCAGGCCGGGUCCUCGUCCACACCUCGGUCUCGCCAAGCCCAGACAACCUGCGGCGCUUUGCCCUUGAGCAUGAGGCCUCAGACCAGGUGGAGAUCUACCUCUGGAGGCUGGUGAAAGAUGAGGAAACUGAGGCUCAGAGGGGUGAAGUGCCUGGCCCAAGGCCACACAGCCAGAAUCUUCCACUUGAUCCAGAUCAAGAGAGUCAGGAAGCAAGACUUCCAGAAAGAGGCACAGAACUUCCGGUUGCUCAGCAGCACCCAGGAAGGCCACUGGAACAUCUUCCUCGCCCAGACCCCGGAGCUGAAGGUCACAGCCAGUCCAGAUAAAGCGACCAAGACUUUAUAACAAAGAUCUAAACAGCUGCAGA